AUGGUGAAGAUGCCUAAAACAAUCAGGACUUACUGUCCUAAGUUGAAGACUCACACCGUUCAUAAGGUCACUCAAUAUAAGAAAGGAAAGGAAUCCUCCUUAGCUCAAGGCAGACGAAGAUACGAUGCAAAGCAAAAAGGUUACGGUGGCCAGACAAAGCCUAUUUUCAGAAAAAAGGCUAAAACUACAAAGAAAGUCGUUCUUAGACUUGAGUGCACCAAAUCAAAGGUUAGAAGGCUAAAAGUUAUUAAGAGAUGCAAGACUUUCAUUAUUGAAGAAAAGAAAAAGAAGUAG